AUGGACCGCAGCCUCUCCACCGAAUCCACCAUAACCACCACCAUAACCUCAACCGCCUCCAUCGAAGAAGAAUCCAAAUUCCUCACCCGCACCCAACACCUCCGACACACGCGCCUAGCCCUCGCCAUCCUCACCUUCCUAACCACCAUCCCAACAAUCGCCUGCGAAGCCAUCGCCCUCCACCACUACCGCCAAACCUCCCCCUACGCACGAGUCUGGCUCAACCUCUGGCCCUUGAACCUAGAUCUCAGACCCACCAUCGCCAUACUCGCCUGCGGCUGCGUGAUAGCAUUCCAGAACUUGCUUUACAUUGUUACUGCCGUUGUUCCUUCUCCCCGCCCCCACAUCCGCCUCCUCAACCUCCUCGCCGCAGCAACCGCCCUAUCAGGCUUCAUCGCCGCGCUCGUGGGCCUCGUGUUCGUCAUUUACCAGCCUGGAGCUAAGCAUCCGAGCGGGUUUAGUGAGAUGGAGACGCUGCAUUCGUGGACGUGUAAGUGGGGGGUUGUGAGGGAUGGAUAUGAUUCUGUGAGUAGUGGUAGUAGUGGGAAUGGCACUGUUAGUGCUACGCCGGUGCAUUUUAAGCGGGAUUGCGAUGCCACUGAGGCCGGGUUCGUCUUGCUUUGUGUGUUGCUGGGGUUGGAGGUUGUUAUGGGGGUGGUUGUUGGUGUAGGGUUCUGGGUUGAGAGGAAGGUUGGGGGGUUGAGGGGGAAGAUGGAUGGGGGGUUGGAGGGUAUGGGACGUGGAGUUGGGGCAGGGGGAGGGGUGAAGGGGGAGAGUAAGGUUUCUGUGGGGGGUGUGGAGAAGUAUCCUGGGACUUGA